AUGUUUGGUAUCCGCGCCUACCAAGACUCUGCGAUCUGGAAGAAGCCCAACUGGGAACCUCUCUACUUUGCUUUGGGCUUUACCUGCCUCUUUUUCCUCAUCCGAAGCGUCUUUCGUACCGUUGAGCUCUCCGAUGGCUAUAUCGGAUAUUUGGCCACACACGAAGGCUAUCUCUUUGGACUUGACACCCUUCCUCUUCUUCUCGGUGUGGCGAUAUGUACUGUUGGUUCUGGUCAAGGAGGUAUAUCCAGGUUGACAGAAACCCUUUCUUCUGCAGGAACUCUGGUGUUGAAGGGGCAGCAGAUGCGCAGGGGGCUGAGAAUGAGUAUCCUCUGA